GCAGAAAACACCUUUGAUGAAAUAUCCUUCUUGCAUUUUGCACAAAUGCUUCCGCGGUUGAAACAUCUGAGAAACCUAGAUUUAAAACUAUGUGGAAUCUUGGACAACAUUUUUAAAACUCUUGCACAUGGGUUUAGAUCUUGUCAACACCUUGAGGAGAUCAUAUUGUCUUGGAAUAGUAUUGGUGAUGAAGGGGCCUGUGCUCUAGCUACUGAGUUAAAUCACAUGCGGAAACUAAGGAUUUUGGAUCUGGAGAAGAACCAGAUUACAAAACAAGGGGCAGAAUCAGUUACCCAGGCUCUGAUCAGCUGCCUCAGGAUACAAGUUGUUCGUUUAUGGGGCAAUAAGAUUUCGAAGGAUGAUGAAGAGAGACUACUGGAACAAGAGCCAAGGAUAACAUUUUGAUUAACUCUAAUAUAAUAGGUCAGCAUUCUUGGCUUCCAAUGAGGGAAACCGUUCAAUAUAAAUUCCUGUAUGGGGCCUGAUCACAAAUUUGAAUGCUUUAUUGAACUACAGAAGCCAGAGAAGAAUCCCAUCAAGUUGAAUGCUGCUUGAUGCACUGUGCAUUUGCUGAUUCACUGGAAUUAUUUAGGUGUCCAUCAUCUAAUCCUUAAUAGCUUAAAGGGACAGUCAACACCAGAAUUUUUGUUGUUUAAAAAGAAAGAUAAUGCCUUUAUUACCCAUUCCCCAGUUUUGCACAACCAACACUGUUAUAGAAAUACAGUUCUGUGAUUACCUUGUAUCUAUGCUUCUGCAAACUACCACCUUAUUUCAGUUCUUUUGACAGACUUGCAUUUUAGUCAAUCAGUGCUCACUCUAGGGUAACUUCACAUGCAUGAGCUCAAUGUUAUCUAUAUGAAACACAUGAACUAAUGCCCUCUAGUGGUCAAAAUACAUUCAGAUUAGAGACAGUAUUCAAGGUCUAAGAAAUUUGCAUAUGAACCUCCUAGUUUUAGCUUUCAACUAAGAAUACCAAGAGAACAAAGCAAAAUUGGUGAUAAAAGUAAAUUGGAAAGUUGUUUAAUAUUAUAUUCCCAAUUUAAAUCAAGAAAGUUUUUUUUGGACUUGACUGUCCCUUUAACUACUGACUUUUCUACUAAAGUGUAUGGUAUUUUUUUUGUAAGUAAAUCAGUUGAUAAAUUGUGAUAAAGUUAUAGUUUUCACUCCAUGGCAGCAAGCUUCAUAAAUCUGUUACUAUUUAAAUUAAAUUAUAUGUAAAUAAGAAUAGGUUUUAAAUGUGAUGUAUAUAAUGUAAAUCUGGUAUAAAUAUGCUCUGUUAUAUUUUUAAAAGAUCUGCACUCUAGUAUUUAAAGUUUACAAUAAAAAUACUUUUCAGAA